GUUAAUUUAGGCUAUCCAAUCUUUUUUAUUCAUUCAAAUGUUCAUCACCAAAGCAAUAACGUUCAGAGCUCUCCAACAUACCAUCUUCACUCUCUUGCAGACCUGCAAUGGCGGCAGCAUCAGAAAUGUCACUCAAAUUCAUACCCAAGUGAUCAUCAACGGCCUUACUCAAAAGAAUAACAUCGUUGCAAAGUUAAUCUCUCUUUAUAUAACCUCAGGCUUUCUCGCCAAUGCCGAUACAAUUUUCAAUCAAAUCAAUAACCCAAGUACCACUAUUUGGAAUCAGAUGAUUAGAGUUCAUGGUAGGUCUGGGAAUUCAAAGACGUCAUUUGAAAUUUAUAAACAGAUGGAAUCAGCAAAAGAAGCUGUAUCAAAUGGGUUCACUUUUUCAUUUCUUCUAAGUGCUUGUGCACGGUCUGGAUUGCUGCGAGAAGGCCAACAAUUACACGCGAAAGUUGUGUCUAAUGGCUUUUCCUCGAAUUUAUUCGUUCAAACAAAUCUAGUCAAUUUAUAUGAAAUCAAAGAUGCAGCAAAGGUGUUUGAUGAAAUGUCUGAGAGAAAUGUUGUCACUUGGAAUACAUUGCUUGAAGGGUAUUUAAGAUCAAAUGAUAUAACCAAUGCAGUUAAACUAUUCGACGAAAUGCCUGAGAAAACCAUUGUUUCGUGGACGAUGAUGAUUACAGGUUACGCGAGGAAUGGUAGAUCUAAACAAGCUAUUUGUUUGUUUCAAAUGAUGCAGAAAUCAUCCAUGGAAUUCGACCAGGUUUCAUUAGUGACUGCGUUAUCUGCCUGCGCUGAAAUGGGUAAUCUUGAACUAGGGAAAUGGAUACAUUCAUAUAUUUACAAUAACUUCAAGAACAAGAACAAGCCUUUAUUAGUCUCAUUAAACAAUUCCCUCAUAAACAUGUACUCUAAGUGUGGUUUAGUUAAUGAGGCCUACAAUGUGUUCAAUGAAAUGCCUCAAAGAACAUCGGUUUCUUGGACAAGCAUGAUCAAUGGCUUCUCCAAACACGGCCUUCCUGACGAAGCCCUUAACGUAUUUCAUCAGAUGCAAAGCGAUGAAACUAAGCGACCAGACGAGAUAACAUUUAUAGGUGUAUUGUCUGCUUGUAGCCAUGGGGGUUAUGUUGAAAAGGGUCGUAAUGUUUUCAAUUCUAUGGUUCGAGUUUGGGGAAUUCAACCGAGAAUUGAGCAUUAUGGAUGCAUGGUUGAUCUUCUGAGCCGAGCUGGUUUACUCGAGGAAGCUUAUAAUUUGGUUGAAACAAUGCCAAUGAAGGCAAAUGAUGUAGUUUGGGGUGCUUUACUUGGCGGUUGUAGAAUUCAUAAGAAUGUGGAACUUGGUUCUCGAGUAGGUUUAAGGUUGUUAAGUGAUUUGGACCCGGGUAGAGCAGCCGAGGGAUAUUUUGUUCUUUUAUCGCACGUUUAUGGAAAUAGUAUGAGGUGGUGGGAUGCAGCCCGCGUGAGACAGAAGAUGGCGGAGAUGGGGAUGAAAACGAAACCGGGAAAAAGUGUGGUUGAAUUACUCUGUUCGUAACCUUGAAU